AUGCAAUCAGCAGACCACAUCGUCGUCGGCAGCCCAUCGCCAAGACAUUCACAUAAACAACAGUACAACGACGACUUUCUGACAGGUAGAAACGUUGGUCGAUACGGGGUUCCUCCAAGGAAUGUCCUUGUCUUCUAUGUGCUCUUGUACUCCCUCCACAGGCCCCAGAUCUUGUACGACAGUGGUCGCAGACGAUGGGUGGGAAGAUUCGGUGCGGUGCGACCAGGGUUCAAGGCCGGCGCCACAGAGGCUCUUGCAGCUGACAUGUCACUCACUUUUGACUCGGGUACAGCCGCGAGAAGAAACGGAGGGCUUGAUGCGCUCGAUACUUCACUUGCAGGCGCCACCCGACGCCAAACACACCGUUGA